CCCCAUAAUAAAGACAGCAGUGGAGGUUUACAAGUAGCAUUGCUCUCUUUUUUCUCCCUUCAAAUGCAUCAGAUUCAACCUCAAGACAGCAUGGAGAAUAAACAGCAGCAAUUACUCUUAGGAAGGGAAACUAACCCAGCAACCGAAAACCAGUCCUUUGAGAUGCUAAAAGAACUAGCAUUGAAGUGGUUUAUGGAGACGCAGGUUCCUCUUAUAUUACAGAAUGGUAUUUUACCUGAGUGGUUCUAUGGAUUCAUUACAAGAAAGCAGAGUGAAGAGCUGCUUAAAGACAAAGAUGUUGGCUGUUUUCUUAUCAGAUUAAGUGACAGAACAAUUGGUUACAUUCUGUCAUAUAGAGGAAAAGAUCGAUGUCGGCAUUUCGUCAUUAAUCACCUACGGAAUGGACAUUAUGUAGUAUCAGGGGAUACCUGUACCCAUGAAAGCCUUGCACAGCUGAUAGGCUAUUACCAAACUUCAGAAAUCGAGCCUUUUGGAGAAAAUCUUACAACAGUUUGUGCUCAGCCAAUUGAGAACAGUUUAUAUGAUGAGAUCGCUUUGGAUCAGCAAACCUCUUCAAAGCAAAGUAAAUCAAACAGUGGAGAAGUCAAUCCCUUGCUGAUAAGGCAAGCGUCUGGCAGCUCACAAACCACUGUGCUAAUGAAGGAAGCCACCUCUCUACCUCCAAAGUCAAAGAAAGAGCACAAGAACUUAUCAGGAGAAAGAAAGAACUUUAACUCCCAGGAUCCAGACAUAGCCCCACCACUGCCGGAUAGGAGCAGCUUGCUUAUGCAGGAAACAUUCAAGCAAGAUUUAAACGAUCAAGGAAACAUUGUAUAUGCAGAGCUGAACAAACACCAUAUGAAUGGCAGAGGCCUUAGUUUGGAGACCCACUCUGCUACCGACAAAAUCCUCAUUGAGAAAUCAGGCUGUUUAUCACAAGGUGACACUCAGCAAAAACCAGGAGAACCAGACCAAGCAAACUACUCUCCUAGCAAAAAAAUCAGCUCGGUGUAUGCUUUGGCUAAGCAAGCCGAACGUUUUUAUGACAAAAAAAUUGAUCUUAUAAAACCAUCGCCUACAGAAACUGUUUAUUCUGAAGUUAUGCUCGAGCAAGGCAAAAGCAAUUCCUCACUUCCUUGGGGUCAAAGGGUCCAUUCCCUAUCCCUUUGUCCAUCAACUUCUGCAGACACAAAGAAGUUGACAUUAAGUACUCCUGCUACAACACCCCCUAAGUUGUCUCCGAAGUUACCCAUUAAAGGUAGGACCUCUGUGGAGUACCAAGAUUCAGAACAGCUAUUUGCAACCUAUGCAACCUCCCUCCAAAGCAAUGAAGGGCUUAGAAAACCAAACAACAAGAUCCUUUAUGAUUCAUCGACACAUAGCACAUAUGGGCAGAUUGAGAAAGUGAAAGCUUGUAAGCCUUUUGCUUCUGGCUCUGAUAAUGGAAACAAUACUUAUGAACAGAUUCCUGUCGGACGGCCAAUGUCAUCUACCCAUGAUCAAGCUUCUGAGUCUUCUCUAGUACAACCCAAUGAUACUUAUGAUGAGGUGUCUUUGAACACAAGAUCCUCCAGAACAGAGAACUGUACUGAAAAUACAUAUGAAAAGAUCCCUGAAAAUUUCCAGAAAGGCUCAUCUGCAAAGCAAAUUCCUGCUCCUGAUAACACGUAUGAGCAAAUUCCUCUAGACCUUGUGAAGGGAGCAGAAGCAAAACCAAACCAGAAGAUGGACAAGCGAAGAAGAUUUUUUUUUGCUGACAAGAAGAAUAAAUCAUGAAGGAGAGUUUUAAAUUUGUUCCAUUUAGCCUAGACUAAAGAUCAUAGAAAAACAUGCAGAGACAAAUUUGUUCCUUGUGUAAUUUCCCCCAACGCCUGUGGGUUUAGCCAGGGACAUCUUUAGCCUGUACUGUUUAUGAAAGCAAAAAUAGAGAUGAAAUGCUGGAAAAUGAAUAAUAUCUACUGUUUGUCAGAUAGUUACAAAGCCCCCGGUUCAUAGAAAUCUGCACAACUUCAAUUUUCUUUUCACUUGAGCUAUGUGAAUUUAGGACCAAAUUCAGGCACUGACCUAGAGUCAGGGGUGAAAGUAACUUAAAGGACUUACCAGUACUCCAGAGUCCUGAGCAGGGGGUGGGGCCUCAACCGGAAGGGGCAUGGCCUCAACCGGAAGAGGCGGGGCUUUUAGAGUCCUGGGCCCUUUCAAUCGAGAUUAAAAGGGCCCUGGGUUCCAGCUGUGGUAGUGGCGGCUGGGAGCCCUGGGCCCUUUAAAUCAC